GGGUAGAUAAAAUCAAGAGUUGACAGAUUUCCUUUUGAGUGGAAACGCAGUCCCGAGAUUAUCCACAAAAAUGUGCGAUCAUCAUAAUUUCUGGAUUUUGCCCAAACUUGGCACCAUUUUGGCUUCAAUUUCAAUACUCUGCCCCCUUCCCUCUCUCACCAAGCCAGCUAACAACAUCAUCGGACCUUAGCCGUUAGAGCAACACAACACAACCAAUUCAAACCGUUAACCACAUCGUUUCUGCUAAACCCACCCCCACAAUGGUAGUAACUAGGGCAUUGUUACCCCCUCCUCCUCAUCCUCACCCCCUCUGCUCCCUUCCAAUUCCCACCAAAACCAGAGCCUUUGCCUUUCACCAAGUAGACCCAUUUUUGGGAUUCAAAUUGGAGCGACAACACAAAAGAAAAUCAAAGAAACAUGUGGCUCAUGUGUCACUCCAUGAUGACCCUUUGGUUUCAUACACCAUCCAACAAAACCCCUAUCACCUGGUCUUGUUGGCAGAGAGUGCGGGUUACUCUUUGGCCAGUUAUUACACUUCUUUGGGUCUCUUUGUCAUCUCUGUGCCAGGACUCUGGUCUCUCAUCAAACGUUCUGUCAAAUCCAAGAUUGUGCAGAAGACGUUUAUAGGUGAAGGUGAAAAGAAGGCGCCGAAUCAAGCUGCUGGGGAGAUUCUAUCGUUCUUCACUCGUAACAAUUUUACAGUGACUGACAGAGGAGAGACAAUCACGUUUGAAGGAAUGAUGGUUCCAAGCAGAGGUCAAGCAGCACUAUUAACUUUUUGCACUUGCAUCAGCUUGGCAAGUGUGGCACUUGUGCUUACCAUAACCUUCCCAGAUGUUGGCAACAACUGGUUUUGGAUCACCAUCUCGAGUCCAUUGGCAGGCCUUUAUUAUUGGACUCGGGCAUCGAGAAAGGAGCAGAUUAAAGUGAAAAUGAUUGUUGGAAAUGAUGGAAACUUAUCAGAGAUCAUUGUCCAAGGUGAUGAUCAACAGGUCGAGCAAAUGAGGAAGGAACUCAAGUUAAGUGAAAAAGGCAUGGUGUAUGUUAAAGGCGUCUUUGAAAGAUGAUCUAUUGGCUAUUUUCUUCAGGAGGUAGAAUCGGAAUGCUAAAGAAUAUUGAGUCAAAUCUAUUUUUGUAAUUGAGAAAUGAUAAUGAUCAAAAUCAUAUAAAAAAUAGAUGGCUUUAUUUUAUUAUGCGCUUGGAAA